GCUCAGUCGGGGGAACAGACUGGUGAAAUAAGCUCAAACGUUGGAUCGAAACCCAGCAGCUGUGAUCCUUCAACCUGCUCCUGGACUUUGAUCCCUCGCUCUGUCCGUUUUACACUCGCUGUGUAAAUGGUGUCUCUCUGCAGCAGAAGGCUUCUCUUUGGGUGAUGCCAUGUGUUUUUGGAGAUAAAUCGAGUUUUGGAAAGGCGUUCGGUUUCCCCACAGCUCUUGUCUCACGGUCACACCUGCGCUCCGACCCCAGCAUGGCUCUGCGCUGUCGCUUUCUGCUCGUCUUGCUGUACGCCUGGAGUUACGUAUGCGCUGGAUACUGUGUGAUGCUGAAAAAAGACGCGAGGCGAAAGUUGGAUUUUACGCAUUCGUUGGAUAAAAAGCAGUCUGGGAGGGAAGACCACGACCUGCUUUUACAGGAUACCAUGACGGAGCACAUGCAGAUGCUCUACGACAAGUACAACCGGGCUGGAUUUCCCUUCAAGGACGGCAACACAGUGCGCAGCUUCAAAGCGCACUGGGGUACCGUCAACACGAAGCAGCUGCAGGUUUUCAACUUGACCUCCCUCACCAAGUCUGAAGAUGUCCUGUCCGCCACGCUUCACUACUACAUUGGAGACCUUCACAACACCACCCAGGACUGCUCUGGGUCCAAAAGCUGCAGCCGGCACGGCCCCCGCAGGCAAAACCGCAUCCAAAUGGCCAUCUGGAGCUUUGCCUCAGUGGAUAACAACAUGAGGACUUUGGGACACUUUCUGAUUAACGUGUCCACGCUCUACAGGGACUUCAUAUCUUGGCAGUGGAAGGACAUCACCCGUGUGGUAAAUCAGGCCAAAGACCACGACGAACUGCUCAUUGGUAUUGAAGUGACCUCGCAAGGACCCCAGCCCUGGAAGAGUCUCCUGUCCGACCGCUCGCCGUACAUUUUAGUCUACGCCAAUGACUCUGCCAUUUCAGAGCCGGAAAGCGUAGUCGCCACCCUCCAGCGGCACCACCCAGUGGGACGGGACGCUUCUGCUCCACUUGGGCUCCACAGGGUGGGACUUCGUGAGCGUAACCACACCAAAGAAGAACAGCUGCACCGAAGACACAAGCGCUCAGUGAAUGUUUUGCUCCCACUACAAAAUAAUGAACUUCCCGGGCCCGAGUACCCGUACGAGUCGCCCACGUGGGACGAGACCCGUCCAUAUGAACCCUAUGAAAACAAACAGGCCCGCCGGCCACGUAAAAAGACACGCAAGAACCAGAGGCACAAGAUGCCCCUGCUGCAGUUUGAUGAGCAUACUAUUAAAAAAGCGCGGAAGAAGCAGUGGAACGAGCCCAGGAACUGCGCACGCAGAUACCUGAAAGUGGACUUUGCUGACAUCGGUUGGAGCGAAUGGAUUAUUUCACCCAAGUUUUUUGAUGCCUACUACUGCUCAGGUUCCUGUCAGUUCCCCAUGCCAAAGGCUCUGAAGCCAUCGAACAACGCCACCAUCCAGAGCAUAGUGCAUGCGGUGGGUGUCCCGGGCAUCCCUGAGCCGUGCUGCGUCCCUGAGAAGAUGUCUUCCCUCAGCCUCCUCUUCUUCGACGAGGACAAAAUUGGUGUUGAAGUCUACCACAACAUGACUGUGGACUCCUGCGCCUGCAGAUAGUUUAUUUUCUCCGCCUCUUUACACUUCCUGUAGAUUAUCCAAACGUAAAGCAGCCCAGAGGACUGUCUUUUCUCCAGUUUCUCUCAGCAUAACGCUCACUUACUUCCCUACCAAACGCAGUUUUACCUUUAGCCCUGGAGAGGGCGUUGCCUGCCUUUGUAAGAGGAAUCAGACUCAUGAAGCGGGCCUGGCGCCUCUCCAUAUAGAAGCUAACUGGAAGGAAAACCGAAUUCCACACCACCACACUUCUAUCCAUCAGGCUGCAAGUUUAUCUGUUGUGUGGUCGCGAGAUGAACGCAGUCAGUGACUUUGAGGCAUCGGAGACAAAAACUGAAAGACAACCUGUUUUCCGGAAAGAUUUUAAAACCCGAAAGAACACACCAAUCCCACCAAUGGAUGCUUUGGCUUCUUUCCCUCGUGGUUUGACGUUAUCGGUCACCGUCGCCACAACUCACCUCUACUUGCACUUUGCAAGGCUUCAUGUAUUUAUGUCUGUUUAUCACUGUUAUCGGCUGUUUGAGGAACGCUCAAGUUGGUAUUGGCUUUGCUUC